CAGGCAUCUGCUGGCUGUUGCAUAUCAAUCAACCAACUAGACUAACUAAACCAACUAAAUUAUUGUUUGACACCGGUCAGUUACGGCUCACUAAACUAACUAAACCUGCUUAGCUGGACUUGGAGAAUUGUUUCCAACGUAAUAAUCAUGUAGUAGUCGAGUCUUUUACAGUGAUUUUAGGCUAGCAAGCGUUAACGUUAGUGUCGGCUAAGCUAGUUAGCUAGGUCUUGAAUCCCAGAGGAGGAGAAUGGACCGACAUUGUGAAGGUGUGCUUUCGGGGAGGGUAUGGAUCACCCUGCACACAGAGGAGAGACGAUGCCUGUCGGACUACAUGACAGAUCCCUCGUGGAGGACGACGACGCUCACAUGAAAGUCGCUCUGGGCUACGGUGAAAUGGGCAUUCCUACUCACCUUCAAGCAUCGAAGACUGGAAACACUCGAUUCUUUACAAGCAAUACACACAGCUCUGUGGUUCUUCAGGGAUUUGAUCAGCUGAGAAUAGAAGGUUUGCUGUGUGACGUGACGCUGGUUGCUGGGGACGGCGAUGAAGCUUUUCCUGUUCACCGCGCAAUGAUGGCCUCGUCCUCCGACUACUUCAAAGCUAUGUUCACAGGUGGAAUGAAAGAACAGGAUUUGAUGUGCAUCAAGCUCCACGGAGUCAACCGAAUAGGCCUCAAGAAGAUCAUCGACUUUAUCUACACAGCAAAGUUGUCACUCAACAUGGAGAAUUUGCAAGACACACUUGAGGCUGCAAGUUUUUUACAAAUCCUUCCUGUGUUGGACUUCUGCAAGGUUUUUCUCAUUUCUGGGGUUUCACUCGACAACUGCGUUGAGGUGGGGCGAAUCGCCAACACGUACAACCUGACGGAGGUGGACAAAUACGUCAACAACUUCAUCCUGAAGAACUUCCCCUCCUUACUGGGCACAGGAGAGUUUGUCAAGCUCCCGUUUGAACGGCUGGCCUUUGUGCUGUCCAGUAACAGCUUGAAACACUGCACUGAGUUAGACUUGUUCAAGGCCGCCUGCCGCUGGCUGCGCUUCGAGGACGGUCGCAUGGAAUAUGCUGCAAAGCUCAUGAAGAACAUUCGCUUCCCACUCAUGAACCCUCAAGAGCUCAUCAAUCAUGUACAGACGGUGGAUUUUAUGCGCACAGACAACACUUGUGUCAACCUACUCCUGGAAGCUAGCAAUUACCAAAUGAUGCCCUUCAUGCAGCCAGUAAUGCAGUCUGAACGGACAGCCAUUCGCUCGGACAGUGCCCACCUGGUCACUCUGGGCGGCGUUCUGCGCCAGCAGCUAGUUGUCAGCAAGGAGCUGCGGCUCUUUGACGAGAAGGCCCACGAGUGGAAGGCGCUGGCUCCCAUGGACGCACCCCGCUACCAGCACGGCAUCGCCGUCAUCGGCAACUUUCUCUAUGUUGUGGGCGGCCAAAGCAACUACGACACCAAAGGAAAAACGGCAGUGGACACCGUGUUCCGGUACGACCCUCGCUACAAUAAAUGGAUCCAGGUGGCGUGCCUUAAUGAAAAACGAACCUUCUUCCACCUCAGCGCUCUCAAGGGACAUCUCUACGCUGUAGGUGGAAGGAAUGCUGCUGGGGAGCUUGCUACUGUGGAGUGCUACAACCCAAGGACAAAUGAAUGGACGUACGUUGCCAAAAUGAAUGAGCCACAUUACGGCCACGCUGGGACGGUGUAUGGUGGUUACAUGUAUAUUUCAGGGGGAAUCACUCAUGACACUUUCCAGAAGGAACUGAUGUGCUUUGACCCAGAUGCGGAUAAAUGGACUCAGAAGGCGCCCAUGACGACGGUCCGGGGCCUCCACUGCAUGUGCACGGUGGGCGACCGGCUCUACGUCAUCGGGGGCAAUCACUUCCGCGGCACCAGCGACUACGACGACGUGCUCAGCUGCGAGUAUUACUCCCCCGCCCUCGACCUGUGGACGCCCAUCGCCGCCAUGCUGCGAGGUCAGAGCGACGUCGGCGUUGCCGUGUUCGAGAACAAGAUCUACGUCGUGGGCGGCUACUCCUGGAACAAUCGCUGCAUGGUAGAAAUAGUACAGAAGUACGACCCGGAGAAAGACGAGUGGCAAAAGGUUUUUGACCUGCCCGAGUCGCUUGGCGGGAUCCGAGCCUGCACGCUCACAGUUUUCCCUCCUGAGGAUAUCUCGGGCUCACCCUCCAGAGAGUCGCCCCUAUCAGCACCUUGAUAAAUAACGAGGGGGUGGCUCAGGUCUGCUCAAACCCCCGUUAACCUUCCCCCAUGCAACCUUCUCAAUAAACACUCCUUAUAGACA